GAGCUUCUGGAAUAUAGUGUGGCGGAACAUGCGGGCGCCAUCCCAUUCCUCUUUCGAGUGGAGGUGGUAUCGCGAUAAGAGCCACGCCAUCACCAUAGGCUGUCUAUACCGAUCGAAUGUGAGAUCAUGGAGCCUCCAUGUACCCGUAGGUGCACUUAUAUCAAGGACGUCGUCGUCCUCAGCAAAGCUUGCUUAGGCUCUGAUGCUCCUACAGUGCGAUUUCAUAGUAUCGUGACCGCUGGAGGCGAUGGAACGGGCUGGUCCGCGAAGUAUGGCCAUGGCAGUCCUCCGGGAUGCAGGAAGAGUGCCGAAGCAGCCAUGGCAUCAUGUAUGGAGUACCGUGCUGGGAAUGUCUAGAUUGGGG